GUUGACCAGCAUUUCGCUGGAUCUAGAUCAGCAGGCUACGUUCAUCUUAAGCCUUAUCGAGCCCUUCCGUUUGCUAUCCAGCAUCUCUUUCGAUCAUUGCACACUGUCAGCUUGUCUACUUCCCCACAUUCUUAGCCUCUGUUCGAAUCUUCAAAGGCUCUCGUUUUGCUUUUGUCAUGAUUCGGUGAUAAAUUGGAUGACGCCGCCAGCAGAGAUGACGGUGGCAGCGGACUCGCCACUCAAGCUCGAGUACAUCGAUUGUGAUGACCAAGCACCUACAGCUGCGUUGUCACUAGCGACGAAGAUCUCUUUCGCUUCCCCGGGCGCCCAUUUGAGCCUCCGCAUAUGCAUCCGUCGCACGUCUCCGAAGGAUGGGUUCGUAUCAAGCAUGAUGGUGGCCACGAAGGAGGUUCUCGGGGAGCUCGAGAUCAUAUCGGAUACGGCUCAUCCGCAUCGCACAGAAGACGAACACAUUCCCCAGUGUCCUUCUCUCGAGAAACUUACGCUCGACCUUGACUCCGUCGAGGCCUAUCUCCCUCACUUCCUUCCAACACCGCCUCCAUCUUCGUCCCUCUCUUCCUUCCCAACACCUACACCGGCCACGACACCUGACGUUGACGACAAAUCUCUGGAAACGACGGGAAGUUCUCGCACUCCCGACAUCACGGUCCGCUUUCGUAUACAUGUCCAAGAUGACUCGGACGCUACCGAUUCCCACACUCCGAAACCACUCGAUUCAUCGCUCGACACUGCAACACAGGACAAGUUGCUCUGUCUGCGCGAGAUCGUCUUACAGAGAUCGGUCAAACGACUCACUCUUUGUCCAACCAUCCGUAAUCAGACUGGCACCGACAACUCGACGGCGUCAAGUGCGGGUGCGUCGAGCACCGUGACGGCGGAAAGAGAGGAUGCGGAGGCGCGAGCGAAGAUGAUGGUGAUAGAGCGUGAGGUGUCCAGCGUUCUUGGAUUAGAGCGGGGUGUUUGUGAUGUGGCGUUCGUCUGGGAGAAGUAAUGUGGAGGUUCUGGUUUCCGUAGGCGUGUACUCGCACGCUGAAAUAUCUCAAUAAAUUGGUCGUCACUUGUAUAGGACUAGUCGUUUUCCGGAU